CGGCCCCGCCCCGGCCCCACGGCUACCGCCCCGCCCCCUGUUGCCUGCCCGUAUAAAAGCGCUGGUUCCCUGCCUCCCGGGGAGAAGGAACUUCCUGCCCCGGCGGCUCCGGCUCCAGGUCCAGCCUGCCCGUCCCGCAGGCCUGGACGCUGGCUCAACACCUGUGACUUCACGUGUGCGCGCUGCCACAUCUCUUGUCACACCCAUCGCCACCUUUGCCAAGAAACCCACACCUGGGCAACGUCGUGGCCAUAAACCUUCAACCCACAUCUGUGACCCCAACAACUGUAACAACUGGGCCACACUUGUGACAUCGGGCCAUACUACCUGUGGCGACACAUAAGCAGUUCUUCCCUCACCUGUGGGAACACCUGACUGCCACUCGUGAUCACAUCCCCUCGCAGUGGGAUCAUGGCUGCGGCCCCAGACAGGGGUGCCCCGCGCGUACGGUUCGCAGACUGGCUUUUGGGCGAGGUAAGCAGCGGCCGCUACGAGGGCCUGCGGUGGCUGGACGCGGCUCGCACGCGCUUCCGCGUACCCUGGAAACAUUUUUCGCGGAAGGAUCUGGGAGAGGCCGAUUCGCGCAUAUUCAAGGCCUGGGCCGUGGCCCGCGGCAGGUGGCCGCUCAGCAGCGUCGCAGGCGACCCUCCGACCACCGAAGGCGCGCUCAGGGCCGGCUGGAAAACCAACUUCCGGUGCGCGCUGCACAGCACACAGCGCUUCGUGAUGCUGCAAGACAAUUCGGCGGACCAGGUCGACCCGCAUAAGGUCUACGCGCUCACCUCGGAGAUGGGCUGGAGAGAAGGUCCAGGCAUUAACCAGGACGAGGACCAGGCCCUUGAAGAUGCCCAAUACAUGAGGGGUGAGCUCCCCGGGCCAUGCCUGGUAGAUGUUGAGAGGCCGAACCCUGCGCCCUGUGCCCCAAACCCUCUUCCCAGCCCAGCUGGCUCCGCCGGGGACCUCCUGCUUCAGGCUCUGCAGCAGAGCUCUCUGGAGGACUACCUGCUGGAAGGUGUGGAGGCGGAUCCAAGCCCCACAGAAGCUCCUGAUCCAGAGCUCCCUAGGGGGGAGCUGGACCUGCCAUGGGCAGUGGAAAUGGCCCCCAGCCCCAGGUCACAGCCCCAGGCCCAAAUGACAGGCCCAGCCCAGGAGCCCUGGCAGCCCCAAGAGGCGGAGCCCUGCACCCAGUUGUCAGUGUCCAGCUGCCCACAGCUCGGUCUCCAUGCAGAGCCCAGCCUGGGGGCCCUGGAUGUGACCAUCAUGUACAAGGGCCGAACAGUGCUGCAGGAGGUGGUUGGGCGCCCAAGCUGCGUGCUCCUGUAUGGGGCCCCUCGCCUAGCCAUUGAGGACACAGAGCCCCAGCUCGUGGCCUUCCCCAGCCCCGCCGAGCUGCCAGACCAGAAGCAACUCCACUACACAGAGAAGCUGCUACAGCACGUGGCCCCCGGCCUGCAGCUCGAGCUCCGGGGCCUGAGGCUGUGGGCCCGGCGCCAGGGCAAGUGUAAGGUCUACUGGGAGGUGGGCGGCCCCCUGGGCUGCGACAGCCCCUCCACCCCAGCCCGCCUGCUGCAAAGGAACUGCUACACGCUCAUCUUUGACUUUCGCAGCUUUUUCCGAGAGCUGGUGGAAUUCCGGGCUCGCCAGCGCCAGGGCUCCCCACACUAUACCAUCUACCUGGGCUUUGGGCAGGACCUGUCAGCCGGGAGACCCAAGGAGAGGAGCCUAGUCCUGGUGAAGCUGGAGCCAUGGCUGUGCCGGGCACACGUGGAGGGUGUACAGCGGGAAGGCGUGUCCUCUCUGGACAACAGCAGCCUGAGCCUCUGCCUGUCCAGCACCAACAGCCUGUACGAUGACCUGGAGCGCUUCCUGGACUUCCUCAUGGAGGUGGAGCAGCCCGCCUAGGGCUGCCGGGGCUGCCCCAAAUCGAAUAAAAAGAACCAAGAACCUG